GCUGAAACAUCCGAGCAGCAAGUUUAGGGAAAGAUCAUUCGUGUUACACGCUGGGAAGAAGUCUGUGUGCUGGGACCUAGGAGGGAGGUUACCUUGCGCUGCUGAAGGACGCACGCUGAGAGGGCUCUUAUACAGGUGGGAAGUUGCCCUGUUCACAAGGCUCAAACCUCAAGGAAACUUGUCACAUCGGACUUACUGAGUGGGAGCCCUGUAGGAUACGCACUAAGGAGCUAGAGGUGCUAUGCUGAGGAUGAAGAAGCUGCUGACUGCACUCUGCCUGCUGGGGAUCUGCUUCUCACUGGGAUUUUCUGAUGAACUGAAGACCAUUAAACCUGAAGACGAAGAAGCUUCUGGAGAUGAUGAGGAUUUCUUUUCUGGCUCAGGAUUUGAUGCUGCGUUGCCAGAGGAAACCAACCUUCAUUCGGGUUAUGACAAAGAUAUUCAUUUAACAACUGUAACAACCCUGGAACCCAUAGAUGAACGACAAACUACAGAAUCCCAUCUGGAUGCAGAGAUUGAAAAAGUCAUAAUCAAGCAAGACGCAGUGCAAACUGGGACCACCAUGCCAUCAGAAGAUCCUGUGAAAAGUGUGGAAGAUUCUGAUUCUGUUGUUGAAAGACCUGCUAUCAUUCCAACAUCUGUAGAAGGAACCACACACAGACCUACAACCCACCAAGCAUCUACAGCUUCAUUCACCACAUCUAAAAGUAUUGGGCAAGAUGUUGAUUCUGGAAAACACCAUCACCACCCCCACCACCAUCACCACCACAAUAAAACCACCAUUAGUCCAUUGCUUUCAAUUGCUGAUACUGAAGGUACAUCCCCAAGUCCAGCUCAUGCUGGUGAGUCUCAUGUGCAUCAUGUUCACCAUGUAGAAACAGCCACAGGUCCAUCUGACCAUGCUGAACCUAAUGUCCAUCAUGAGUUUACAACUCCUGUCAAAGCAGAUGAUUUAGUCAACCAACAUAUAGCUGGUAAUGAAACAACCUUAAAUCCAUCUGAUGCUGAGGAAUUUCAUAUUGCUAUUGGUAGUGUGGAACCUUCUACCAAAUCGCCAUCUGAAGAUAUAGACACUAAUGUACAUAACGGUCACCAUGAACAGACCACUACAAAGUCAUCUGAGGUUGAAGAUCCCCAGUUACACCAUGAAGUGUUAGCCACAAGUCCAUCCAGUGUAGAUGGUUACGUUCAACCCAUUGAAACAACUACAGACGCUGAAUCAGAAAAAGGUCAUGAUCACUUUAAUCAUUUCUCCACAAUACCUAUUGAUUUGGACAAACAUCACGACCACUACCCUCCCCAUCAUACUGUGGCUACUACUCCAUCCAGUACAUCGCAGUCUGUUGAUUCUGAAAUAAAGGACCAACUUCACACUACAACAAGUGAGAAUAUUGUUCCUGCAAAUGAUAGUGUUGUGCCAGUGUUAAUUGAAGAUGAUCGCAUUCCUGAGAUGGUUGAUCCUGUUUAUGGAGUUACAAGUUCUCCUGACAGGGAUCGCUCUGCAGUUACAAUACCAGAGGAAAAUGAUGAUUCUAAGGAAGAGGAAGGAUCUGCUGUUGACCCGAAUAGUGAUAUUUAUAUUGAAGAACCAGCAAUAGUAAACGAUAAAGCUCCUAUUAAUAGAAUGAAUGCCAAUGUUGACUCUGAAAAGGAAGGAAGUCUUGAUGCAUCUCAUGGGAUAAUGGAAAGAAAAGAAGUUUUAGGAGGGAUCAUUGCAGGUGGCAUAGCUGGCUUGAUAUUUGCAUUGGCCCUGGUCGGUUUUAUGCUUUAUAGAAUGAAGAAGAAGGAUGAGGGAAGUUACUCCUUGGAGGAACCUAAACAGUCAAAUGGCGGCUACCAAAAGCCACGCGAACAGCGGGAGUUCUACGCAUAAAGCAUUUUGCGUCUUAGAUUAGAUAGAGUUGCUAUUUCAGUCUUUUACUUUCAUUUGUUUGCCACAGUCUCGGAUCUGUGGGUUCAUUUGUUAUAAGAACUUAUGCUGGCAUGAUUCACUUGUCACCACCCCUGAAGAACCAACUAACCGUAAAGCCAUUUGAAAACCUAUCCUGUUUUUUUCACAUUGUUUAAAGACUUAUUGGACUAUGGUCUGCAGGAUAUUGUUGGCUUAUUUUUUUGAAAAGAAAGUAAAAGUACAUUUGUCAUUUAAAAAAGAAAAAUAAUGGCACGCAUCAGAUUGUCUUGUUUUACUGGAGGCGUACCACCAUUGCAUCAUUCCUAACCUUUCCAGCCGUGUGUAUAUAUUAGGUAGAUUUUUUUUUUUUUUUAAAGUGAUGGUACGUUUAUAGCCUAAUUGUCUAGUUAUAGCACUUAUGCUUUAAAGUGUUACUUGUGCACAACAGGACCAUUGAACAAAGCAAUACAUUUCCAAACUACAACCCUCUAAUAACAUAUAUAUUUCUGCCAAAUGCUGUUUGUCGGGCUUAGCAACACAAGGGGAGUACACGUUUUUAUUUUAUGGUUUUAUGUCUCAAUGUCUUGUUUUAAACUGCCACACUUAUUUAUUCAUUUAUUUUUUAUUUUUUGAACUUGAGUGUAUAUACACAAUUUUUUUUUAUGUUUAUCCAGUGACAUCAUUGGUUAAAUGUGCACCUUUUAAUGGUUUAUUGCAAAAAUCAGAGUUCUGUAUCUUCCCAUUGCACUAUUGUUUAGAACUUAAUGCUUUAUACUGUUUUCAUUCUUUCUCCCAUUGUGGCAUUUAUGGCAGUCGUGAGGGGGCAGUUUCACAGUAUUGCUGGUCCAGCAAAGCUUUAAAAAGCAGAAUAUGUGAACGUACGUUUACAUUUUACUUCUGCAGUUUCCAUAGGAAUUAAUAGUAAUCGAAAUGUCGCUGACCAAAGGGCAAAGCUUUUCCUUGUAAACCUAUUAGUUGAUGCGUGUAUUGUGAUGAUGUGCAAUACAAAUCUAGAACAGAUUUAACUUUAUUUUUUUAUUAACGGAACUUGCCUUCAAAACUAAUAUUUUUGUAGUGGCUACUAAUGGUAAGUCAUUUUUCUGCAAAUUUCACAGUUAAGAUAUGUGAUAGAUGUAUAGCCUGAUAUGCGAUCUAUAGUGAAACGGCAUCAGUUGGGCUGUACACAAAUACUGUAGACAAAGGAAUUGGUGUACAUACAUUGUGCAGAGUCGAACUAUUUUUAUUUGUUUGUUAUAAUUCUUUGUAUGUGGAAAAAACCCAAUACCAUUCAUUUUGUGCUUGUGUGCCAUAACAUUCCUGCAUCCCUCAUAUGCUGAGUUCUAAUAUAUGUGCUCCUGUCUACCUGCAAGCAUUUUAGAUCUUCAAGGGAUAUGAAACCUAAAAAUGUACUUUUGUGAUUCAGGCAGAGCAUCCAAUUUUAAGAGUUUCCCAUUUACUUCUAUUAUCAAAUUUGCUUUGUUCCCAUGGUAUUUGUUGAAGAGAUGCCUAGGUAGGUGUCUGGAGCACUGAAUUGCUGCCAUAUAAUGAUCCAUACGUGUGCAUGCUCCUAAGCUAUACAUCCCUUCUUUUCAACAAAAGAUACCAAGAGAAUGUAGAAAAUUUGAUUAUGUAAGUGAAUAAGAAAGUUGUUUAAAAUUGUAAGCUCUUAAUGAAUCGUGGAGGAAAAUUUUGGUUUUCUUGUCUCUUUUAAGGUAACACAGGUUUAAGGUUAAUAGUUUUAGAGCUGCACAACUAACUUUGGAUACUAUUUUCUUUGUUAGGAACAAGCCUUUAGUUCAAGAUUAUUUUAUAUUGACAUCUGCCCCUAAAAAUACAUAUUGCUCAUAUCUGUAGAAUCCAUAUACUUGCUCAGUUUCUCUCUAAAUGUAGAUAAAAUUACUUUCCAAUGUUGGUUCCAAACUUGUUGCAUAAACUAGAUUAACCAAUCAAAUUUGAGAGAGAUCUGAAUUUGGAUACUUUACACCAUUGCAAUCAUAUACAGCAGUAAGCAGCCUCAAAUGCCACCUUGAAAAGGGCUACAAACUCAGGGAUAAAGAGUUGACAAGCUAAUAGGGAAUAAAGUGUAGAAUUUUCUUGUAUAAAUUUUAAAACAAAAAGUGGUCAACUUUCUUUAAACAUAAAAGCAGAUGUUUGCCUAUUUUACAUUUGUACAACGUUUCUAUUCUUCAAGGGACACUAAAUACAUUUUAUGCACCUCCCUUUAAUAAUGGGUUAUGGAACCUGGUUACACUGCAGGUAUCUGAAGGACAUUAGCUGCACAUAUGCAAACAGGUCAGCACUGAAAGGUGAUUUCAACAUGUCGGCACCCAUAACUAGAGGGAGACGGAGAAUAACCUAAAUACUAUUUAGUGUUUGUCCCUUUUAUAAAUUAUAGUUUAUACAGAUAUAUCGCUUCUGCUAUCUAAAUGGCACUGGGCAGACAGCCUUUAUUACCGUUUGAUGCUGACAUUUUGUUGCAAAUAUUUCUGUAGCAAGUUAGUGAUUAGUUUUUCUUUUUUUUUUCCAAAUCUGAAUGUUUUAAAAAAACAAUUUUUUAAUGUGCCUCUUAACUGGUAAUUUGCCAGUUUUCCUUAUUUAGUUACUGCCAUUUUGCCUUUAAAUAUCCUGUUACUGCUACUUUUUGUAUAGUCUAGAUUUUCUAGAAAUGUAAAAUCGUUCACCCAUUUUUUCAUUUGAUAGAGAAAAUUUAAGUUGUAGCACGUAUUCAUAAACCGUAAACUCACAUACAACUGAUUGCAUUAAUUACUUUUGUAAUGCAUUGUGAGGGUAAUAAAUUGAUCUUAAAAACAAAAAA